UGAGAGAGAUCGACAGAGGAUUUGGUUUGGUGAAUUCAGCAUCUUUUGGUUUUUUUUCUCUCUCAUUCCACACCCUCUUCAUUCAUGACUUAUUUCAUUUCAAUUCAAUUAUCUCUAAUGCAUGAUUUUUUUCAUUACAAAUAAAUAAGGGUGUUUUUUUUUUUUUUUUUUUUAAGUCCUCAACUAAUACUCAGUACUAAUAAAAUUGGGUCUUCAUUAGAGAGACUCUCUUGCUUAAUGUAAGCAAUACUUUCUCCUUGUUUUUGGGAAAACCCAUUAUCGAGCCCAGAAGCGAAAAAAACCACCCGAAAGCUUCUUUUCCGAUCACCUCACCGACGUCUCCGCCCUCCUUCUGCCGAAAUUUUUACAUUGUUUUCUUCCUCUCUUCAAGACCAACACACCCAUACAAGUUUUCCCAAUCUAUCACACCUCAUUUGCCUUCGUAGAGUCGUGGUUCACGCUCAAGAGAUGGAGGGUAGUUUUGCUGAGGAGCUUUACUCAGAAAGUUUACAGCUAUCAAAAAUCCAAUUGGGUUCCACAUCGAACGUCACCGAUCAUGGUAAGGUUCAGUUGUCGGAUGAAGAUGGAUCUUCAUGGUGUGGUUCUGAUGACGAAGUGAAUGAAGCCUCUGAUAUGGACAAGGAAUGGCAGAGGAGACGUGACCAAUUCCAUACGAUGGGAUACCGUGAUGGUGUUAUAGCUGGAAAGGAAGCUUCUUCUCAGGAAGGAUUCAAUAUUGGCUUUAAGCAAUCAGUCCAUGUUGGUUACAACUGGGGUCUUGUGAGAGGUGUUACAAGCACAUUGGCUUCCCUUCCAGAUGGCAUAAGGGAGAAGUUGAUUGAAACAGAAGAACAAAGAACUCGAUUUCAGGGAUUGUAUGAAUCUGUUCAUUCCCUUUCUACAACAGAUGCCCUUGGGUUGUUUAACGAUGAAAUCACAAGUAAAAAUGAUAGAGAACAAAUUGAAAGUUCAGAGACUAGUUCUUUUGAAGUUGAAACUGGUUUGGAAGAGCAAAGAUUAGACCGUAGUGGUCUAGGAAAUUACUCUGCAAAGCUCCGUUCACUUCUUUUGGAGUCUCCUGGAAUCAAAGUAAAGUUCCCCUAGACAAGAAGUUCGUGCCAUAAUUUUGUAAUUAUUUGAAAUUUGUAAAAGAAAAAUUGAACAUACUUUGCUGUACUACAAGCCAACAGUUGAGUUCAAUUUUUUAAGAACUGUGCAUUGAGCUGUGUUGUCAAUUUUGUUGAUGAUCUUUAUGUAUGAUCUUGCUUAGAAUUUCAAACUAUGAGGAAUAGUGAGAACUAGACUUUAGAUGAUCGCA